AUGGCGACGGAAGCGGACUUCAAACGGAUUGGCAAUUAUGCUCGCAUGUACAACAAGGAUCAGAACAUAGAUAGACGACAUGCCAAGCGUAAAGUGCCUUUGGAAGUCAUCUGUCCAGGUUACUCCCGCACUGGAACUCUGACGAUGCAGAAAGCCAUGACGAUCCUGGGAUACCCAAAUCCAUACCACUUCAGCUCAUUCUACGACAACAUAAGAGACAGCGAUAUGUGGAUGGAAGCACUCGAUGCCAAAUUCAACGGCAAAGGCGAGUUGCCAGACAGAGCCUUCUUCGACGGCAUCCUAAGCCACGUCGGCGCAACGACAGAUGCACCGUGUAACCUCUUCACAGAAGAACUAGUCGAAUCCUACCCUGAGGCUAAAGUGGUCCUGGUAGAGCGAGACAUUGAUGCCUGGUACAACAGCUGGGUCGCGUUCUGCGAAAGCGCCUACAGCCCUACGAUUGCGGCUAUCGCGCGGUACGAUCCAUAUUGGAUGGGCAAGAUCGCGGGUCUUGGUGGCGCUAUCACGAGACCCCAGGCUGGAUUCGCUCUGACUUUCAAUCAGGCCAGGGCGAGAAGUCGUAAUGCUUAUCGGCAUCAUUAUCGAGAUGUGAGGGAUUGUGUGCCGAGAGAGAUGUUGUUGGAGUUCAAGCUUGAGGAUGGAUGGGAACCACUGUGUGCAUUUCUUGGGAAGGCGGUUCCUGGGGUGCCGUUUCCGCAUGAGAAUGAGACGAAGGCUAAUAAGCGGUCGUUUGUUGAGCUCGGUCAGCUGGGAAUGAAGCGUAUUGCUAGUAGGUUGGCACUAAUCGUACUCGCGAUUGGACUUCCGAUCACCGCUGCAUGGUUCUUGAGAUCUUGA